ACGGCAUGGCAGGGUCCACAUGCUUGCUAUGGCGACUUCUGUGUUUAUUCCAAACCCGACUUCUCCGGCGGCCGUGGCAUCGUUGUCAUCAGUCUUAAAAAAAACGCCGAGGCCAUCUCAAUGCUGCCUGUUCUCUCUGAGGACAGAGUGGCUGAAAUAUUUCAGUCGCAGGGCGUCAACGUCAACUUUACAGAUGAGGUGAACACAUCCCCACCACUGUUCCGGGCGACAGCCAUUCCUGGGAAGGGGAUCGGUCUAGUCGCGACACAGCCAAUUCGGCGUGGACAGCGUAUUAUGGCAUAUACUCCCGCUAUAGUCGUCCACCGGAAGUUCAUUGAUGAUCUCAGCAAGGACGAGCAGUAUCGACUCCUCGAGGCUGGUAUCGGUCGGCUCCCAAUGGCAACUCGAGAUAUUGUCAUGGCCCAAAUGGGCCAUUCCGGCGAUCACCGAGUUCUUGAUAUCAUGAUGACGAACUCUUUUGAAAUGUGGAUGGACAUUGGUCAGGACGGUCAUCACUUUGGGAACUUCCCCGAGGUUUCGAGGUACAAUCAUGACUGCCGACCCAACGUGGUUUACUACAUCGACGGCGACUUAACGCAUUACACACAUGCUGUCAGAGAUAUUCAACCUGGUGAGGAACUUGCCAUUUCUUACGUAGACUCUUUCCGUGUGAGAUCGGUGCGCCAAGAUCGCGCUCAGCGGUCGUGGGGUUUCAAAUGCACCUGUUCUUCCUGCAGUCUACCCGAGCCACUGGCGAAUGCGUCGGACAACCGACUGUGGCGGAUAUACGAGGUUGAAAAUCAAAUUGGGGACUGGAAUGCGAAGUUUGAGCCAGAGGCCAUAGAGUUGCUGUUGUCGUUGUACCAGCAAGAACGCCUACACGAAUCCCACAGCGCAGGCGUACUCGGACUUGUCGCACUGAAUUACAAUGCAUUCGGGAAGCAGGAACUGGCAAUUAAAUAUGCGUUGUUGGCCCUCGAAGCUGAAUUGAUCGAGAAUGGACCCAAGUCUCGGGGAGUCCAGUCGAUGCUUCUGUUGUUGGAAGAGCCGAAGGCGCAUUGGAGCUGGAGGAAACGGAUC